AUGUUCACGUUCAAGCGGGCCCUUUUGACGGCCGUCAUUGUUCUGGCCUUCUUCAUACUGCUCAAAGGCUCUCAUUCGCAACCUACAGCGGCCUCGUUCAAUGUCAACUCACCGAAACCGACGGGCUCAUAUUCAGACAACCGCAAAAUCCAAGACCAACCACCUGCCGCCGCCAUAACCUCCCGACCGGCAGCAUCACAAGGCUCGACGACGCCGGCCGCCGCCGAGGAAUUGAAAGCAAAGAACAACUACAAGAAGGAGCGCCCGCAAAUAUCGCUGCAGGACCUGCAUGCCAUGCCGCUACGACAGCAAUUGGCCUACCAAUUCCCUUACGACCCCGAGAGCAAGUUCCCUGCAUACAUCUGGCAAACCUGGAAGGUCACUCCUGCCUCGGGCAAAUUCGACGAGGACUUCCGUCCUGGCGAGGCUGCUUGGACCGAGCUGCACCCUACCUUUGUGCACGAAGUCAUCACCGACGAUGUUGCCGCCCACUUGAUUCGUCACCUCUACGCCGCAGUCCCUGAUGUUGUGGCCGCCUACGACGCCAUGCCCGUCCCUGUACUCAAGGCCGAUUUCUUCCGUUACCUGAUUUUGCUGGCAAGAGGAGGCAUCUACUCGGACAUUGAUACACGCGCUCUGAAGAGUGCCACCGAAUGGGUGCCUUCUGAGGUCCCCCGCUCCAGCUACGGCAUGGUCAUUGGCAUCGAAGCCGACCCGGACCGUCCGGACUGGCACGAGUGGUACUCGCGUCGCAUUCAGUUCUGCCAGUGGACCAUUCAAUCGAAGCCCGGUCACCCCAUCCUUCGCGAUUUGGUAGCCACCAUCGCCCACGAAACACUGCGUCGCAAGGAGGCUGGAAAGCUCACCAAGUCGUCCAUUGAGUCAAUUGUCGAGUUUACUGGUCCCGCCAUUUGGACCGAUGCCGUUUUCGCCUUCUUCAACGACCCGGAUUACUUCGACAUGUCAACGAGCAAGGGCAACAUUACUUGGGAGCACUUUACUGGCAUCACACAGGCCAAGAAGGUCGGCGAUGUUGUUGUCCUUCCCAUCACGAGUUUCAGCCCUGGAGUUGGCCAGAUGGGCGCUGGUGACGACGACGACCCCAUGGCUUUUGUGAAGCAUAACUUCGAAGGCUCAUGGAAACCCGAAAACGAACGCCACAUUGGCGAAUCAUAG